AGAUUAUAUCUGCAUAAUAAUUCAAUCAUCGAUCACUGUCAUUGGAGCUAUAUAUGGCCUUGAAAACGUUUCUUCUCAUUACCCUUUCGGUUGCUGUUAUGGCCACCAUAAGAACUGGGGCUCAGUUUGGAGAUAUAAACACCCUUCUUGGUCUUAUCCGCAUCCAAGGGACAGUAUACUGCUCCAUGAAUGAUACUAUGAGUAACAUUGCCUCUUCACCCCCUUUUAGUAAUGCUGUGGUGCAAUUGAAGUGUGGAGAAAAUGUGAUUAGUAGCACAACGACAAAUGGGUCUGGACAUUUUUCAGCUACGUUAGAUCCUUUUAAUUUUAUUGUUUCUUCAUUAUUGAACAGUUGUAAUCUGAAAGUUGCGACUCCGCUAUCAAGCUGCGACUCCGCUCUACCGUCUGCCGGCGGUCUACUGUCAGCUUUACAGUUCAUCGGAAACACUUUUGUAGGACAAACAAAUAUAGGACAAAUGAACAUUAUUCCUGCAGGAUUUCAAUUUGUGCCAUCCCAUUAAAUAGACACGCAAUACUUUAUUAUAUGAAUAAGAUCAGUUUGGUUAAUUUGAA